UUCACUCGCAUAUAAAGUAAUAUAUACUCAUAGAUUCAACAAGGUGAGUUUCUUAGGUAUUAGAGAGAAGAAGAGAAAGUUGAUCAAAAGAGAGAGAGAGAGAGAGAGAGAGAGAGAGAGAAAAUGGCGUUGGCAAAGGCUAAGGAGAUCGUUUCGUCCAAUCCCGUCGCAGUUUUCAGCAAGACAUUCUGUCCUUACUGCGUGACCGUGAAGCAGCUCUUGACUCAAUUGGGUGUCACUUUCAAGGCUAUUGAGUUGGACACUGAAAGUGAUGGAAGUGAAAUUCAAGCUGCCCUCGCAGAGUGGACUGGACAGAAGACUGUGCCCAAUGUAUUCAUUGGUGGGAAUCACAUCGGUGGCUGUGACAAAACUACAGCAUUGAACAAUGAAGGAAAGCUGGUCCCUCUGCUGACUCAAGCUGGAGCUGUUGCUAAGCUUACUGCUUAAAUAAAUGUAGUUUUCUAAUAUGUGUCUGCUAUCUAAUAUUGUGGUGUUCGUGCCCUCGAAUAAAACUUCUGCAUAGCUUUUAUAAACUUUCUAGAAAAACAUAAAUAAUAUUGAACUUGGAAGUUCUAUAUUGA